AUGGCUGUUCCACUUCGGAGAAAGUUGAUUGUAUCUCUGAUCAUUUUACUGAUUCUGCUGGCCAUGUACAUGGUUGCUCUGUACCGAGGUAAGCUACCAUUUUACCUUUUUCAAAUUUCAAUUCUUGUAUAUAUCUUGACCGAUAAAGGACAAUGAUUUUCCUUAUUCGUUAUUGGCUAACUAACUAACUUCAAAAAUAGAAAAAUGGUUCUUUUACUACCCGCACUUUCCUUUCGUCAGAUACGUAUGUGGCAUGAAUUACGUGUAACAAAACUGCUGCCACAGUUCACUACCAAACUGAAUCCUUCCUGCUUUUUUUUCUAAUUAAUGUUCAGUUGAACGCUUCUUUAACCAUUUGGAACACUCGACUGGACCAAGAAAUACUUCAAACGUAAUGCAUGUAACUUGCUGUUCUGCAAUUUGUUUCGAUCAAAAUUUCCUCACAAAGAAAAAUAAUCGCCAUCUCCUGCAUUAACUUCAAACUAGCCAGAGUUUUAGCGAUGAAAUGACUGUCUAUAGCUGUCUAUUAGAGACUCCCGCCGUUACAUUUGUUACUUCUUUUUUACCUUAAGGUUUUCCAAAAUAGUCAGUGUCCAACUUUUUAUUUUUUAUCUUUUAUUUUUUUUUUACAGAAAGGCUUGGGUAAUGAAAGUUUGAAACUCAGAAAUUAAAAUGUCUCAUUAAAUAAAUAUGUUUUGCAUUUUUUCUCUUUUAAAUGUGUUAAAACCAUUACUUAAUGGUUACGACUGAACGUGAAUCAAUCACUCUUGGCUUAACACAUGAUAUAAUGCUGCGAUUAUUUGGAUAAGCAAUAUUCCUUUAUUUGAUAUUAUUAACAGAAAGGUUUUAAUCACAUAUUCAUUAGGCAACUGAUAUAUAUGGCAUUUUAUGGCUAAUUAACGUCAGAGAUGUUUCCUACAGAAGUUGUCCUUGGCAGCUCUCCCUGACGAAAAAACUGGCGCGCUAGCAUUUUGACAAGGAGAGCUAUCAAGAGUGAACACUUGUCAGGAUUAAUAUUUACCAGCGGUAAUGACUCAACAAGGACUCUUGUCAAGGAAACGCUAAGGGCAGGCCAUGGAUUUGUGGAAAUUUAACGUCCGCUGGCCGAUUUCAUUAUUGGCGCGGGCAAUAAUGAUAACUAUUGGUCAAGAAAAAUUGUAAUUAAAGUGAGGCUUUAUUUUAACUCGAUAAUACUUUUUAGUAUAUACUAAAACAGUGGAUAGUGUUUUUUGCGCGCUCUGAUUGGCUACUCAAUUAGUGAAUAUCCUGCACUAUUCACUGAUUCACCUCCAGUUCCUCCGAGCGAGCGACGCCAAAUUCGCGUAAGUUGCGAGCAAAAUGCCUUUCUGGUUUGCUGCCGUAAACAAACAAAGAAAUUUCACAACUAAUCAAUCAAGCUGUUUCCGAAAUACACGAAGAAGGUGACGAAGUUCGCAUUGGAAGUUUUAACAGGUAAAGCUUUGUCUUUUUGACACGAAUUUAUCGAUAAAACCGGUGAAAAAGUUUUUUGUUUACAAAUGCAAAUUAAGUUUAAGUCGUGCUUACUUUAGUUAGUUGAUUUGUUCAUAAAUAAGCUUAAAACUAAAUUUAAUAAUCUUUUUUUUAUAGAAUGAUUUUAAAUACAAAAAGAAUUAACAACUCCUUUUGAACAAAUUUCCCCGCAAGAGCUAAACAAAUGCCUUCAAAAGUUUUAAUUGUCGGCAAGAAAAAGCAACGGCCGCGGCCCUCCGGUCAUUACGCGCCAAAAUUGUAAUCGUUGGCAACAGUAUUUGAGUUAAAAAUCGUCAUUUUUGUGCUCAAUUAUCUCACUGUUUUAGUAUAUACUAAAACAAUUAUUCACCUCAGUGUCGGUGACNAUCGUUGGCAACAGUAUUUGAGUUAAAAAUCGUCAUUUUUGUGCUCAAUUAUCUCACUGUUUUAGUAUAUACUAAAACAAUUAUUCACCUCAGUGUCGGUGACUAGUCGUGGAUAUUUACUUCACUGCUUCGCAGUUCGGUAAAUAUCCAGGAGUAGCCACCUCCACUUCGGUGAAUAAUUGUUAUUUAUUUUUCAUCUUUUGUUUCCCUGUAACUGACAUUACUUCCUCCAUAGAUGUUGAAGUUGUCAGGUUCUUGCCCGAAGUAGAUAAAACAGCAGGCAUUGCUAAAAAACAACUCAAGGUAGGUUAAAUCACGUCGUGUUAUUACAGAUGUUAAUAGUAUAGGAGAAUGACGUUUAUCUAGCCAGCAUAGCAAAGGCGUUUCUGUGCGGUUUCGCGCGGCCAAAACCGAAAAUCCGUAACGGAAACGCUUGCUACGCAGGCAAAUAUUUAUCUGUCUCGAUUUUAUCCUCUCUAACAAUCGUUUUGUUUGCGAGAUUGUUUAAUGUCUUUUAAAUGGACUCAUGUCGACAAAUUCUCAACUAUACUAAAGAAUUAAGAGAUGGGAAAGGUAGUACGGACCGGCUGGAGUUGUAGGUAGAAGACUUUGUGGAUCAUUUUACGUUUCUGGGAAACUGCCCACCUACCCCUCCCCUAAGCCAACAUUAACACUUACUUCCUACUUAGGGCAAAGUGCUGGCUUAGGGGAGGGGUAGGUGGGGCAGUUUCCCAGAAACGUAAAAUGGUUUGCUUGUUUCAUUUCCUGUUCAGCCUGUUUGUGUAAAAAAUGCACUUUAUUUGAGUGUCAAUGUUGUAUUCAAAGUACUAAUUAGGGACACUACUUGGGUGCCAGUUUACACGGUUUAAGCGGCCCUACCGACUAAGCUAAUCCUGAUUGUCCUUAUUUCUAAUCGAACCUUCUGGCUAAAGCUCUCACGUUAGUGAAUCCACUUUUCAGAUAGAGAAGGAUGAUCACCUUUUGGAGCGGAUUAAACAGAGACAAAGUGAGCGACAGCAGCGACUCAGAGACUACUGUGGGAAGCACGCUUCAAGCAGAAAUCGAAGCGAUCAAUACCAUCAUCCUAUAAUUGUUAACGAUGAGUACAGAGUAAUCUUCUGCUAUAUUCCCAAGGUGGCCUGCAGUCAAUGGAAACGUGUCUUUCUUGCUCUUGAUAACCGCAUCGAUGUGGAUGAUGUGCAUGAUAACAAACAUUAUAAAUUUCUCUUAUAUGAUUAUUCGGACGAGGAUAUUAAAGUGAGGCUAAAAUCUUACUUUAAGUUUCUAUUUGUUCGCGAACCACUCGAGAGGCUUUUGUCAGCCUACAAAAACAAGUUUGUAAACAACCAAUGGCCUUGGACGAGGAUUCAAAGUUUUAAAACGAAAAUUUUGGAAAGAUACAAACAAGAUGAACUUAGCUCCCAUAGUUCUGACCAGGAUCUUACUUUUAAGAAGUUCAUCUAUUAUGUGAGUGAUGUUGGGUUUGAUAGAGAUGCACACUGGCGAUCGUACGGCACAAUUUGUCACCCGUGUGAUAUAGAGUACGAUUUCAUCGGUCAUUUUGAGGACAUGCCAGAAGAAGCACUUCAUAUCCUACGGCAAACACGAAUGGAUCGGGCGGUGACCUUUCCUCCGUUUCAUACCCACAAUACUACAAGUAAACUUCUUAAAAACUAUGCCCCGAUUCCGAAGGAGAAGAUCGCUCAGCUGGGUAAGGCCUUUGAAGAAGACUUUGAAAUGUUUAAUUACGAUUUCCCAGGGCCUCUAUCCGAUCUCAUGCACGAUUAA